GCCGGCAUAGCGGCUUCACAGUGAAAAUGGUGGCCGCGGCGUGCGGGCGAAAGUUGGCGCGGCGCUCGAAAUCUGCCGUGAUCGUGGCACUCACUGUGCUGUUCGUGCAGACUCUGCUGGUGUGGAAUUUUAGCAGCUUGGACGGCGAGGAGAAAGGCGGCGAAGACAAGAAACAGAGAUCCCGGCACGUCCGAGAGGCACCCAGGAAAGGGUUCCCCUUUCCUGGCCAAGGGCUGGACGUGCUUCUUUCUCACAAGCCGAAGGAGAAAAACCGGGUCGACAGCAACAAUGAAAACUCGGUCCCAAAAGACUUUGAAAAUAUUGAUAACAGUAAUUUUGGAUCAAGAACACAGAGGCAGAAGCUGCAGUCAGAUGGUAAAAGUAAAGCUGCUGUUGUGCAGAAGGCCAAGUAUGAGCAGCAGGGCAAAGUCAAGGACCAUUCUCUGUUGGGUAAGAACACCAAUGAAGUCCUUCCCCUGGGAAACCAUAAGGCCAAAAAUGCCAGCAAUGCCCAGCUGAGCUACAAGACCGUGAGCCACUAUAAGGGAGGGGCGAUUGGAAAAACUUCUCAUGAGCUGCACUAUGAACAGGCCCCGAGAUGUGAAAUAACUGGUAAGGAAGCGUUGUCGGCCCUCUCCAGGGCUAAAAGCAAGUAUUGCCGCCAGGAAAUUGCUGAGCUCUACUGUCUUCAUAAAGAUGGAAAGUUAAUGCCGGAAAAGGUACCACGCUUGUGUCCAUUGGAGGGUAAAGCAACCAAUACCAUUCAGCCAGAGGAUGAAUCCUUGGACUCUCCGCCUCCAAACCCUGUCAGAAUUGCCUUUGUUUUGGUCGUACAUGGCAGAGCGUCACGUCAGCUGCAGCGCAUGUUCAAGGCCAUUUAUCACAAGGAUCACUACUACUACAUACACGUGGACAAGCGAUCCAACUAUCUCCAUCGGCAAGUAUUACAGUUUGCAAGCCAGUAUCCAAAUGUGCGCGUCACACCGUGGCGGAUGGCCACCAUCUGGGGAGGAGCAAGCUUGCUGACUAUGUACCUGCAGAGCAUGCGGGAUCUUCUGGAGAUGAAGGACUGGUCCUGGGAUUUCUUCAUCAACUUGAGUGCUGCUGACUACCCCAUCAGAACUAAUGAUCAGCUGGUGGCUUUCUUAUCAAGAUACAGGAAUAUGAAUUUUCUGAAGUCUCAUGGAAGGGAUAAUGCAAGGUUCAUAAGAAAACAAGGACUGGACCGGAUUUUCUUCGAAUGUGACACACACAUGUGGCGCUUAGGAGACCGGAAAAUCCCAGAGGGCAUCACUGUAGAUGGCGGCUCGGACUGGUUCCUCCUGAAUAGAAAAUUUGUGGAAUAUGUAAACUACUCAGAAGAUGAAUUGGUGACACAUAUGAAGAGGUUUUAUGCCUACACCCUGUUACCAGCUGAGUCCUUCUUCCAUACGGUUCUGGAGAAUAGUCAUCUCUGUGGUACAAUGGUGGAUAACAAUCUGCGCAUUACCAACUGGAAUCGGAAGCUGGGCUGUAAGUGCCAAUACAAGCACAUAGUGGACUGGUGUGGCUGCUCACCCAAUGACUUCAAGCCCCAAGACUUCCAUCGCUUCCAGCAAACUGCGAGACCAACCUUCUUUGCGCGGAAGUUCGAGGCUGCAGUUAACCAGGAGAUCAUUGGCCAGCUGGACUUCUACCUCUUUGGCAACUACCCAGCUGGCACAACCGCCCUGAAAGCGUACUGGGAAAACACAUAUGACGAGCCAGAUGGCAUCCACAGCAUCAGCGACUCAUAUCUGACCAUGCUUCACUCCUUCACCCGCCUCGGCCUGAAGAGAGCAGAAUCUUCCUGGCAUUCGAAUGAUGAAAAUAAGUGCAGAUAUUAUGGCAUGGGUCACCCCAUCUCCGUUCACCUCUACUUCUAUGCUGACCGGUUCCAAGGCUAUUUGCUGAAGCACCAUGCAACCAACCUAGCUACCAGCAAAUUGGAAACACUGGAGACUUGGGUGAUGCCGAGGAAAAUGUUUAAAUUUUCAAAUCCCUCGAGUGAGUUUGCACGUCUGCAGUUUGCUGAGGUUGGCACAGAGUGGGAUGCUAAGGAAAGAAUUUUCCGCAACUACGGAGGGCUCAUUGGACCCAUGGAUGAGCCUAUUGGCAUGCAGAAAUGGGGCAAAGGCCCCAACACUACAGUCACUGUGGUCUGGAUUGAUCCGAUUAAUGUUAUUGCAGCAACCUAUGAUAUUCAGGUUGAUUCAGGUGCCGAGUUCACUCAUUACAAGCCUCCGUUGAACUUGCCUCUGCGGCCAGGCCUUUGGACGGUUAAAAUUCUUCACCACUGGGCACCCAUGGCCGAAAGCAAGUUUCUGGUUACGCCUCUGACAUUCUCGAACAGGCAGCCAAUUAGAAAAGAGGAAGCUGUUAAGCUACAUAAUGGGCCGCCGAGGAAUGCCUACAUGGAACAGAGCUUUCAGGGCCUGAAUAACGCCCUGAAUGUUCACAUUACUCCUGGCCAAGUGGAACAGGCGAAGCGCAAUGCAGCUCUCACAGGCUCUCAGCUGGAGAACUGGGUGGAUCCCAUGGUGAACAGCCUGUGGUCAGCCGUGGACAUUUGCACCAUCGGUCCCACCUCUUGCCCGGUGAUGCAGACCUGCAGUCAAACAACCUGGAGCUCCCACAGUCCGGACCCCAAAUCCGAACUGGGGCCCAUCAAAGCCAAUGGCCGUCUGAGGUAGCACCCAAUGCAGCCCCAAGUCAUCGCAAAAACACGACUUGCCUGAUAGUGGGAUCAUUUUCUGCAGUUGGGUCUCUCCCUUAGUUCUUAGCAACAGUUCCAGGAUGUCUUCAUAAAACCGUGGCAAAGCUAGAGCAGUGCAUUUAAAGCUGAAGACCGUGAUGUUCAGAGAAGGAGUCUGUGUUAGCUGUGCUGGCACUAUGAAAGAAGUGAUUGUAUUAUGUACGAAAGAAAUAGAAGGAAAUUUUCGCACUCUAUUUAUUUAAACAUUUUAGUCAGUGACUAAUGAGUAGAUGCUGCUUUUGCAGCUUGAUAUCUAUAUCCUACUAAUAAGCUGCCUUUAUUGACAAAGGCCUGUGCCCUGACUUCCCACUUUCUUUAUCUGUACCUGACCUAAAAAACCGUAGCGGUCUUAAUGCUUCAGUCAACAGGACUAUUUAUAAUUGUUGCACCUACUGUAAAAGUGAGAGCUAACUGGGCUAUAACACUCUCUGCUGAAACAGGGCUUUCAGUACUGACUAUUCCAAGUGUGUUAUAGAUAAUCUGAACAUUAUACUACAGCCAGGACUAGGAACCAGAUUCAGAAAUCAAUGCUUAAAACUCUCCUAUGUUAGCAACCCCAAAAAAUAAUUCACUGAAUUCACUAAUGUUCAGGGUUUUCAGGACCGUCAUGCCAGUAACAUACUAACAAUUCUUAAAAUUAUUUACAUCGUACAUUCCUUAUAAAGUUGUCGUUUUUAAGUUUACAUGUUUGUAACAAAUUUUGCAGAACAAAACGCUGACAUUCUACUUCCACUGAAUCAGCUAAUUGAGCUCGGCACCGGAAAUCUGUUUUCUUUUCCUAAUGCAAAGCUUUAGGGUGAAGGUGUGAAGUCUGUCCUGAACUGCAGAGGCAGUGGGCUGUGCACAGUGCCCCACUUUCCUUCGGAGGAGCAUAUCGCAACUGUAAAGUGCAAGGUCAGCGGCAGCUGCUGAGCCAAAAUUAACCUAGAACUCAACUCUGUACUCAGUAAAUGAGUGUUUUGCUGAACUGUUAUUUUUAUAUUACCAUUAGGGCUUAAUUAUAUUUUUUAAUUUCAUACAAACUAAGUUCGCAAAAUUGAGGUUCUUUGAAAUCCUCGACUGGAUUUUCUAAGUAUUCUGAAAAUCCCAGUCUUUAGAAUACUUUAAUAAAUAUUUAAAUUCAGCAAACUACAUUACUCUCUGCGUGACUGUUCCAGAGAUAGGCAAGUUCACAUCAUAUCUUUCUUUCUCCAUUUUAGUAGAACGAAUAAGCUUACUGGAAACUUAUGAAAUAAACCCCAUUCCUACAUUUACUUGGCUUACUGUCAAAUUUUUUGUUAAUUAAGUAUGAGCAAAAUAAUUAAACUUAAACAUUAAAUAGGUUGAGAGUCACGAUUUUCUAUAAGCUUCACUUCUCCCAAACUAGUUUUUUUUCAAUUUUUCAGCACUCUCCACUCAAAAUUUGUUGCAUACACAAUACAAGCAGCACGUAAAGAACUGAGAUUUAACCAUGGAGAUCCAGUUCCUUAAGACAUCAGCUGUUGUUAAUGUGUAGGGAUGGCAAAGGGUUUAGACUUGUUUUGAAUCUCACACUACCACAUUAACAGCAGCCUUACAACAAAGUUAACGUGAAGAAUUGAAAAAGGUUGCAAACGCACAGCAGGUCAGUGCGAGAAAGCAGACGGUUCUGAAUUGGCGUUUUUUCGCAGGGUGCCAAUUUAAAUCCAUUUACCACCUUGCUUCUUAUUGCAAGUACAUUUUAGAGGUAGAAAUUCAACUUCCGUUAUCAGCACUGAUGUGAGAAUACCAGCUACUAGCUGUGCUCCCCCUCACACUCCCUGAAAAGCAGCUGUGCACAGGCAAGGGACCUGACAUUUUGAUGGGUUUAACACCAAAGCCAAACUUCUCACCUAAUUAUUCCAGGUUUCCAUCCUUGCCAACGUAAUCAUUAGAUUCCUGAAGUUAGUGGUUCAUUAACGGACUGAGGAGCAGUCUUUCUGUACUAUUCUAUUACAGCACCUGAGGUACAGUACUAGAAAUCAACUGAACUGGUAACCUUGCCAUGAAUGCAAUUAGGAAUCUGAAUCUGAACAGGACUUGCUCAAAUGUUUAAACAGAAGGGUGGUUUUAAUUCUAGUGGAGAGGGUAGAAGCUAGUGAUCAGGAUUGACUUCCUCACUGAUCCCAUUGCAAUCUCAUUUCUUUCACAUUUUAUGGGAUUUCUGGAGCCUGAAAUUCUGAGGAAGUGGGUUUUAAAGAAAACUAGCUUCCUCUCAUUUUCUUGUACUAAUCAAUGUAUCCUAGCCCAGCUGGUAAAUGAUAACUGACUCUGCUUGAGAGGGAUUGAUUUUAUACAGUACUAUCGAUCUAUUUGGAUCUGUAGUAGCAACUCAAGCUGGCAAGGGAAAAAGAAAAUCCACAUGAAAAUGUUAGACAUGGAGAAGGAAUAAUUAAUAAUUUGAUGGCAGAGAAGCUGAAAACAUAACUAAUAUAUAAAGAUAAGCAGGCAAUUUCUUGCAAUGUUUCGCAUGCUGCCCUGUCUCUCUAAGAAUGGAAAUACUUACAAAGUGAGAUUUCUCAGACUGUAAAGGGUUGAAUAGUAGUGAACUUCAUGUGUUCUGCAAAAUUCAUUAUGAAUGCAAAUAACUGACUGUAUUCCCCAAGGCUCUAUCUUCAGCCUUUGAAAUGUAUACAGCAGGUACGCUUUUCCAAUUUGUUCAAUUUAUCCAAACGUACAAGUUAAAAGCAUAAAGUUGACGAGUACAUUUCACAACUGAGUGAACAAAAUCUUCUUAACAGGAGGCAGGGGAGGGAAUUUAUGAAGUAGUCCUCCUGCCAUUCAUUAUCGAGUCUGUGCGUUGUUAAUGUCCAUGAUUUAUUACCAUCAAAUCUUUAGCUCAAUGCCUUCUCCCUUCUGUAAUGAGGGGGCGCUGUCAUGGGUGCUACCUCACACGUGUACGGGAGUUUAUUUUACCGAUUACUAUAGAUACCAGAACUAUCUUCAGAGCUUGUUUCACCUGAGCUGAAUGUAUGAUCUAUGCAAACUGUUCCCGAUCGUGAGAACUCAUCAAAAUUGAAGAUAAUCUUGCCACAUAAACUGCAAGAUGCUGUAUAGAUGUCUCUGAUAACAGAGCAAAUAUUCAGGUGCUGUUCACUGCGCCAUGUUUGUAAAUUGUCACAUAUUUUAUUCAAUGAGUUUUGUUAGUCACGGUUAGGUCAAUUCCUGUCCAAAGACCGCAUUAAAGAUACUCUUAUUAAAUGUCAACAAGUGUGUGGAUGUCAGAUAGUCAGUGCUGGCUCUUCUAAUAAAUUAGUGAUCACACCCUCAUUUUAAAAGAAAGAUGACCAAGUGGAUUUAAAAGAUGAUGGCUAUUUUAUUAAAGAUCCAAAUAUGCAUUAAAAAUCUGUAAAGAAUUAUUUUAUAAACUGAACCUGUAUAUACAACGAUAGAACGACAAAUUCCAAUAUGCAGCACAUUGAAAGAUGUAAAUAUUUUGUUAUUUAUUUAAAGUAAUAAAAUAUUUUAUGAGUUUAAAAGAAUCUUUAAUUUGACCUUUUAAUCAAAGUUCUGAAACCAGUACAAUUUCCUGUAUGUAGAAUUAUAUUCAGCAAAUAAUUGCACUAACUGUUUUGCACCCAAUUGCCCUUCUAUUAGCAGAGAGAAAAAGAAACACAGAAAUUGUGCCUUAGCUGCCUUCCGGUGUGAACAAGUCUGCUUUUGUUUGACAAAGCAAGAGUUUGCAGAUUGUCAACAGUUGUAUUAAAUGCUGUAUCAUACCAAAAAAUUAACUGCUGUUGUAUAUAGAUGCCUUCUGUCAUAUUGUGUUUUUGAUUGCAAAAUUUUAAAAUACAAAAAAA